AUGCAGACUGCUUCUACAAACAUUUGUGAAAGAAUGGGUCGCUCUCAGGAGCUCAGUGAAUUCAAGUAUGAAACUGUAAUAGGUUGCCACCUGUGCAAUAAGUCCAUCCAUGAAACAUCCUUGCUACUAAAUAUUCCACAGUGAACUGUUAGUGGUAUUAUAACAAAGUGGAAGCAAUUGGUAACAACAGCAUCUCAGCCAUGAAGUGAGCGGGGGUCAUGCAGAAGCGCACAGUUCAUGGAAGCCGCCAACUGUCUGCAGAGUCAACAGCUAAAGACCUCCAAAUUUCAUGUGGCCUUUAGAUUAGCACAACAGUGCGUAGAGGAUUCAUGGAAUGGGUUUCCAUGGC